AUGGCUUGUCUCUCAUUGUUUGUUUUAUUUCUUAUCUUUGUUGUCUCAGUAUUCCCUCCAUAUUAUGUCCAUGGUACAAGCUGCAUUGAAACUGAAAGGAUAGCCCUUCUCCACAUCAAAGCAGACAUUAAUCAGAGCGACGACCAAAGCUUGUUCUCUUCUUGGACUGGCCAUAACUGUUGCAAAUGGCAAGGCGUGAGCUGCAACCAUGAAUCCCGGCAUGUCAUCAAGCUUGAUCUCCGACAACACCCUUCUAAUUAUAUCUCUGAUUAUUAUGACUUGCCACCAAGUAAGUUGAACUCUUCUCUCGUUCAACUUCACCAUUUAAAGCACUUGGAUUUGAGCAUGAACAACUUCAAUGACUCCCCCAUCCCAGACUUCAUUGGCUCUUUUGCCAACCUUGAAUAUCUUAAUCUCUCCAAUGCCGGAUUCAGUGGUGUCAUUCCUCAUACCUUUGGAAACCUAUCAUGCUUGCGCUAUCUUGAUCUUAGCUCCAAUUAUGAUCUACAAACUAAUGACCUCCACUGGCUCUCUGGAAUGACUUCUUUGCAUUACCUUGACUUGAGCGGAGGGAGCCUUUCCAAAGUGCAUGGUUGGCUUCAUGACAUUAACAGUGUGCUCCCCUCUCUUCGUGUGUUGAAACUUUCUAAUGCUGAACUUCAAGGUGGUGGCAUGUAUGCUACUACCGAUCUGCCUCAUUAUCUCAACUUCACAUCUCUUCGUGUGCUUGAUCUCUCUCACAAUUAUGGCCUGAACAUCACUCUGCCUCAAUGGUUGUUCAAUCUCACUAGCCUUGUUUAUCUUGAUCUUUCUCAAUGUGCUAUGUAUGGCAAGUUGCCAGUGACAAUUGGUAACUUAAGUCGCUUGAGAGUCUUCAGCUUGUCUGGUAACUCUUUUAAUGGAGUGAUUCCAGAGUCCUUUGGAUAUCUUGGUAGCUUGGAGAAACUUGAUUUGUCAAUAAAUGAACUCAAUGGAAGCAUUCCAGAAUCUCUGAGCAAUCUUACAAAUUUAGUGUACUUUUUUUUUUGUAAAAGAACCUCAGGGGCUGUUUUAUUGAAAAGAAGUAAAUAA